UGACAGCUGCGCCAUGAUUUCUCCUCCACGACAACACCAGGAGGAAGAAUUGAACCGUUAGAACAAACUACAAACGUCUGAGAAGCUCACAGAAUCCUCCCGGGUUCGAGAAGCACCGCAGGUGGCCAUGCUGUCGGACGCAGAUUACUCCGGGAAUCCGUCUGGAGCCCGGAGAGGCAAGAAGAGGAGCUCGGGGGAGUCACCGGGAGACGGACAGACCCUCCGCUCCUCUGGACGGCAGAUCAACGUCCGGGUGAAGCGGACCAACAACCCUCCACCUGGACAGAGCAAAAGAAAAGCCACAGACACCGAGGAGGAAGAUGACCAGUCAGAGAAGAAGUACAGAAAAUGUGAGAAGGCUGGAUGUUCGGCCAUGUACCCCGUUUGUUUUGCAAGUGCAUCUGAAAGGUGUGCUAAAAAUGGAUACACGUCUCGCUGGUAUCACCUGUCAUGUGGAGAACAUUUCUGCAACGAGUGCUUCGAUCAUUAUUACAGAAGUCACAAAGAUGGCUACGAGACGUUUGCUUCGUGGAAGAAGGUUUGGACGAGUAACGGGAAGAGUGAGCCCAGUCUGAAAGCUUUCAUGGCUGAUCAGCAGCUGCCGUUCUGGGUUCAGUGCACCAAACCGGACUGCAGGAAGUGGCGUCAGCUGACCAAAGAGAUCCAGCUCACCGCUUCGCUGGCAGCGUCGUACCGCUGCGGGAUGAAGUUCAGCAACAUCAAGAGCGAGGGACCCGACCAGUGCUCCCAGCCAGAGGAUUUGAGAGUAGCCGAAGUGACCGACAGCUGGUGGCACUCGAUGCUCAUUUUGCCACCACUGUUCAAAGAAAGCCCAGCGAGUCCCUUCCUGGCCGCCUACUACCCCGACUGUGUGGGGAUGAGUCCGUCUGGGUCUUCCAUGUCUCAGACCGAGCUGAGGGCGGAUCACUGCAGAGCCGUGCAGCCGCAAAUUCCAGGCCUGUGUCCGUACUUCCAGCCCUUCUAUCAGCCCAACGAGUGUGGUAAAGCUCUGUGCGUGCGGCCGGAUAUGAUGGAGCUGGACGAGCUUUACGAGUUCCCUGAGUUUUCCCGAGAUCCCACCAUGUAUCUGGCUCUGCGUAACCUUAUCCUGGCCUCCUGGCACAAAAACUGCAAGGAGGUGCUGACUUCCCAGAAAUGCGCUCUGCACAUCAUAGUUCGGGGUUUGGUUCGUGUUCGCUGCGUGCAGGAGAUGGACCGAGUGCUGCACUUCAUGACCAGGAAGGGCCUCAUCAAUACGGGUGUCCUGGCAGUGAAACGACCGCUGCUGCCUGAACGCUAUCGCUCAAAGAACGUGAUCAUCAUCGGUGCUGGAGCUUCAGGUCUGGCUGCUGCACGACAGCUGCACAACUUUGGCACUCAGGUGGUGGUGCUGGAGGCCAGGGAGAGGAUCGGCGGUCGGGUUUGGGACGAUACAUCUCUGGGCGUCACUGUUGGUCGAGGAGCUCAAAUCGUCAACGGCUGUGUGAACAACCCCAUCUCCCUGAUGUGUGAACAGAUGGGCAUGAAGAUGCACAAGCUGGGGGAGCGAUGCGACCUGUUCCAGGAGGGAGGACAGGCGACCGACCCGGCCAUCGACAAGCGCAUGGACUUCCACUUCAACGCCAUCCUGGACGUGGUGUCAGAGUGGAGGAAGGACAAGUCGCAGAACCAGGACACACCACUGGGAGAAAAGGUCCAGGAAGUGAAGAAGAACUUCCUCCAGGAGUCUGGGAUCCAGUUCAGUGAGUUGGAGGAGAAAGUUCUUCAGUUUCAUCUCAGCAACCUGGAAUACGCCUGUGGAAGCACAUUGGACCAGGUAUCAGCCAGAUCCUGGGACCACAAUGAGUUUUUCGCCCAGUUCUCAGGAGAUCACACUUUACUCACUAAGGGCUACGCUGUUCUACUCCACAAGCUGGCUGAAGGCCUCGACAUCCGCACAAAAUCUCCGGUUCAGGCCAUCGACUACUCAGGUGACAUUGUCAAAGUUACUUCUUCUAACGGGUCCCAGUGGACGGCACAGAAGGUCCUCGUGACAGUCCCACUGACGUUGCUGCAGAAGAACAUGAUCCAGUUCAACCCUCCGCUUCCUGAAAGGAAACUGAAAGCGAUCCACAGUCUGGGAGUCGGGAUCAUAGAAAAGAUCGCUCUUCAGUUCCCAUACAGAUUCUGGAGUAACAAAAUCCAAGGAGCAGAUUACUUUGGUCACAUCCCACCAGGUCCUGAGAAGAGAGGCAUGUUCAGUGUCUUCUACGACCUUGAUCCACAGGGGAAGCAGGCUGUGCUGAUGUCUGUGAUCACCGGUGAUGCUGUUCCUGCUGUUAGAGACCUGGAGGACAAGGAGGUGGUGGACGAGUGCAUGAAGGUCCUGAGAGAACUUUUCAAAGAGCAGGAGGUCCCAGAGCCGGUGCAUUUCUUGGUCACACGUUGGAGUAAAGACAUGUGGUCCCAGAUGUCCUACAGCUUCGUGAAGACGGGAGGCAGCGGUGAGGCCUACGACAUCCUGGCCGAGGACGUGCAGGGAAAAGUGUUCUUCGCUGGAGAGGCGACCAACCGACACUUUCCUCAGACUGUGACCGGAGCCUACCUCAGCGGGGUCAGAGAGGCCAGCAAGAUGGCAGCUAUAUGAGCUUUUCAGUCCCCAUCGGAGCUUCUCAAACGCACCAGCACAGACUCACACCGAGCGACUCACCGUUUACCCACUCAGACUGAGCGACACGAAGGCCGGAGACCAUGUUUUUUUUGCCGUACUGUGACGCGUCCGAUCAGCAGGACGCCGAGAGGCGGAAGUGCUUUUUAUUUAUAUCAAAAUCCGUCAGGUUAAAAACAUAAAUACUGAGAAGCGACCAUGUGCAGCUCUGUGCUGGAAAACAGGAUGAAAUUCAGAGUUUCAUGAUAUUUCUACUGCUGUGAACACGUUUCAUUUUUAAAUAAUCAGGCUGCGUGAAACCUUGGUGAGAGCACCAUCGUCUAAUCGUGAAUUUAACUCUGAGAACUGAGAGGUUGUAUCAUAAAAUACGUCCUCUGACAGUCAAAACCAAAUGUUACAGCCAACGGUUAUGGAUUUGAAUUGUCCUGUUUGUGAUUAAUGUGUCGCCACAUGAAUUGAGGAAAGGUUAGAUGUGUAGUACUUCUGUGAUAGCACUUUUGAUUUAAAACCGUGAGAAGAGAAAUGAAUAAAUGAUGUGUAGUUUAAAUUCCCUGCAGGGCUCAGAUCGAUCAGCAGUUUGUCCCCUUAUUUUCUCAGGGAAGCGAUCUGGACAAAACCAACAAGCUGACAAAAAAAAAACAAAGAAAUUAUUGAGACUGGACAAUUUUGGACAACCGAAGAAGAAAAAAUGAAUAAUUGACUUGUAUGAAUUCCUGAACAGUUUAGUUCCUGAAGUUUGGGGGAGCCGGGAAACAGCACAACAACGUCCUCCCUUUGAUUAACGUCGACUAAUUAUGCUUCAUGUGUAGAUUCAUAUCUGUGUCUGGAUCAGUGCAUCUAGACGAUCAUGUCCUGUUUGUCUGACUUCACACUGCUCCAUAUUUAUCUCAUAUGUGUCCAAUAAACUGAGCUGUCAACUGCCAGAA